UGUUCAUCCUUCUGAAGAUGCACGAUUGUCACCAAUCGAGAACGUAAUUUUUGAUAUAGAAACUAUGGAGGAUUUAGACGCUAGUGCUGCACAAAUUCUCCUAGAAAUCGUGGAAGCUUACCAUAGCCGUAAUGUUCAUGUCUUUUUUGUAAAACUACGUGAAAACCAAAAGAGACUGUUUGUUCUAUCAGGAUUGUGGAGUCUAGUAGGAGAGGACCAUUUCUUUGG